UGGCGUAAUCCGGAAGCAGCCGCUAAUCCGGAAGUGGUCGCUUGGUAGGGCUCUGGAGGCGGCGGUGGCUGCUACAGAGGUUUAGGAGGUGGCCGCGACGCUAGGAUGAACGCCCCUCCCGCCUUCGAGUCGUUCUUGCUCUUCGAGGGCGAGAAGAAGAUCACCAUUAACAAGGACACCAAAGUACCCAAUGCCUGUUUGUUCACCAUCAACAAGGAGGACCACACGCUAGGAAACAUCAUUAAAUCGCAGCUCCUAAAGGACCCACAGGUGCUGUUUGCUGGCUACAAAGUCCCGCACCCCUUGGAGCACAAGAUCAUCAUCCGGGUACAGACCACGCCGGACUACAGCCCCCAGGAGGCCUUCACCAACGCCAUCACCGACCUCAUCAGCGAGCUGUCCCUGCUGGAAGAGCGCUUCCGGGUGGCCAUCAAAGACAAGCAGGAAGGCAUCGAGUAGCUGGCUGCUCCGGGCUCUUCUCCAGGUGGACAAGAGCACUUCCUCCAGCCAUGGGCCUCCUUGUAGAGUCCAGUGAGCUCCCCGCCCCCACCCCCAGACACCGAUGUGUUCUGUAUAUAGAGUUGGGUUUAUUUUCCUAAUAAAGCGUGACCAGAAA